GAAACUGACACUUACAGUGACACUUGAGCUCUUGCGCACCUUCCUGCAGACCGCACUUCAAACUCCAACCUGCAGUUGAGCUGACAGCGAUGAAUCCUGAAGGUCACCCGGCUGAGGCUGUUCCAUUGCAGGGCAGGUAUGAUGGGCUCCCUGGACAGCCUGGAGCAGCCACAAUGGUUCAGUACACCACUGUGAAUAUCAACUCUGAGCCCCCCAGGGACCACAUCCUCUGGUCCCUGUGCUGCUUUGUCUACGCAAACCCCUGCUGCCUCGGACUGGCGGCUGUCAUCUUCUCUAUCAAGGCCAGAGACCGGAAGGUGGUUGGAGAUCUGGAUGGUGCCCGACACUACGCCUCCACCGCCCGCUGCCUCAACAUCUUGUCCACAGUCCUGGUUUCCAUCACGAUCCUCAUUUGUCUUAUUGUGAUCAUCGUCGUGGUUGUACAGGCACAAAAUGCAUACAGAUCACACGGAUACCCUCCCAGAUGGUAUAACUGAAAUAGUGUUGUCCGCAGCUGUGGCUUGGUGAUAUUUGCAUUUCUCUGCUUUAUGCUCAUGGCGCAAUUUGUACCCUUUUAUGCCUUUUUGCUUAAAUCCUCAAGCAAAAAAGAUCUGCAUUGUUAUCUUUAUCACAAACAUCUUAAAUGGAAUUAAUCAGUGUUUCCUCAGUUGCUGUUUGCAUGUGUGUUAAAACGUCAGACUUUGUUUUCAAAUUGAGAUUUCCUGUCUGUGAGGCCUGUGUCUCAGCAAAUGUUUCGCAACAACAGUUUCAUUCAUCAA